AAUCGUCAGAUUUUAGUGUCUAUUGUUGAAACAAUUAUUCUUUGUGGUCAGCAAAACAUUGCGCUAAGGGGUCAUGAUGAGUCAUCAAGCAAUUUCCAAGCGCUGUUGCAUUUCCAGGCAAAACAUAAUAAGCUUCUCAAUGAUCAUUUGGUAAAUGGUGACCCUAGAACCCGGUAUACAUCGCCCAAGAUUCAGAAUGAUCUGAUAGGUAUUUGUGGCCAACUUAUAAGUGGCGAUAUCGUUGCGAGGUGUAACGACGCUGGCGUAUUUGGUUUCAUGGCGGAUGAGGCAACGGACGCUGCCACUAUGGAGCAGAUGGCCCUAUGUGUGCGCUUUGUAGAUUCAGAGAGUGACGAGAUACACGAGGAGUUCCUCGGGUUUUCCCAAUGCGAGUCUACCACUGGAGAGGCAUUAGCUAAUGCAUUCAUUGAAAAUCUCACUAAAUUAGGUGUCAAAACGGAUCAAAUGCCUGGCCAGGGGUACGACGGUGCCAGUAAUAUGUCGUGCAUACAUCGUGGAGUGCAGGCGAGGAUUCGAUCCCUCAUACCAGAGGCGUUAUACACCCAUUGCAAAGCGCAUUGUUUGAACCUCGCCAUCAUCCAUGCAUCCAAAGAGGUUUUUGCCAGAAACCUUAUGAGUACGGUGCAACAGGUGGCAUUCGCCUUUAAUCAUUCCGCGAAACGCUUACUUCAAUUCCAAGAAACGCUUGCAGGAGAUGAGGUAAGCAGGGAAGGCAUAGCGGAGCGAACGCGACUCCGAUCACUUUGUGAGACUCGCUGGUCAGCACGUGCGGACGCUUUGCACACAUUCCUUGUAUCAUACAGGACCGUGGUAACGACACUCGACCGGCACACGGGUCGUUCUUUUUCAGAAACACGCGUGAUGCAAGGCCAUGGUUGGUUCUGUGCCCAAAAGCUUCUUCCAUUGAAGAUUCAGAAUGACGGUCUUCCCCGGGAGAGUAUCAAUGACGUGUACCAAGCCUUCCACGCAUGCCUAGAUGUGGAUGAAACCCUUUUUGUCCGCGAGUGUGAGCGGUGGCGUAUGUGGUGGACGGACGCGACGUUGGCGGUUGACCGUCCAGCUGCCCCGGCGUCUCUAGCGGAAUCAAUUACGCUUGCAAGCAAAACCCUUUACCCAAGCAUACGACACUGUCUAACCCUUUUAAUGGUCAUGCCGGUGUCUACGGCAACAGCCGAACGGUUGUUUUCGGUAAUGAGAAGGGUCAAGACAUACCUAAGAAGUACGAUGGGUACCGAGCGCCUGUCAGGUCUUGGUCUCAUGAAUGUAUACAAAGACAGAGAAAUCAGUGCCGAACGCGUUGUGGAUAAGAUUGCUAACCAGCAAAACAGACGCCUUGCCUUUGUGUUCAAGGUUUAA